GUGUGUUGUGAGGUUAUGUUUUGAGAAUUACGAGAAAAACAUUUCGAGUUUAUUUUAUUAUUACUUUCUACUUGUUACCAACGUGUUCUAACUGAGAUACCGAAAGGUUUACAGUCGUAUUUUAUGAAAUAAUUUACAUACAAAAGUAAUUAUUGUUAUUCAUCCCGGUAUUUGUGUUGUAACCAUGAAGUUGCUUACACAUAAUAUGCUUACAUCCAAAUGUCUCAAAGGCGUAGUAACCGGCUAUCCUCUCGCCAUAAACGCCACCGACAUUAAAGUGAAUGAAGUAGAAUUCAAUCCUGAUUUCAUUUCACGAGUAAUUCCUAAACUUGACUGGGAAGUGUUGUGGAGAGCUGCAGACAGCAUCGGACACAGCGAGGGCUUACCACAAACGAUAGAGCCUAAAUUUGAAGAAGACAGUGAAUUCCUCAAGAAGGUCCACAAAGUCCUCUUAGAAGUGGAAGUUGAAGAAGGUCACCUCACAUGUCCGGAGUCCGGAAGGCAAUUUCCAAUAUCUAAGGGCAUACCUAAUAUGUUGUUAACAGAAGCAGAAGUACAGUAACCGCUAACUUUUAAUUAUAAGAAUAGAUAUAUUAUAUUAAGUAUAGUAAAUAAAAUUCACUUAAAAUAAAAGUUUACUAAUUUUACCUUCAUUGUUGCAAGUGCCAUUGAACACGCUUAGCGUGCUACGUAAUUUCAUCCUGCAGUGCAUAGAUUAAUAUACUUAUUGUAUAAACGGAAACCACAGUGCCGAGAGCACAGCUAGCAUAGUUUGUGUUUUUUAUAGACCAGCAUCGCUGGGAACUAUGUACUAGAAAAUUGUGGUAGCAUUGAAUGCAUGGGCGUACC